GGCGGAUAUCUCGAAGCACUCUUAAUAGAAGUUCUGUAUAAAGCGGAGACUCCCAUUUCGUCAUUCCUCGAGAAUUUCCUCGCCGUGAUCUCUUCUCGCCGCCGGAUCUCUGCAUUUUCAUCGCGCCAUGGAGUCAGCCGCUGUUCUUCGCUCAUUCCACUAUUCUUUCAGCACAGGAUUACAAUUAAGAACUGAUGUUAGAAAAUCUGGCAUGGUUACCAUGAACAAUUCAGUCUUCCCUGACCUGCGUGUCUGUGGUGGAAAGGUAAUUUCAUCCACUAAGAGACGUGAUACCUUAGUUGUGUCUUGUCAGAAGAUGCCUGAUGCUACUGCAACUGGUGCAUCUAAUGGUGACCCAAAUGGAGCCGUACUAUCAGAUAGUCAACAAGAUGAGUUGCUAGAGGAGAAACCAGGGUUCAGUGCAACAUUUCCCAAUGGUUUUGAGAGCCUGCUCACAGAAGUCUGCGAUGAAACAAAGAUUGCUGAGCUCAAAGUUAAGUUUGGAGAAUUUGAAAUUUUCAUGAAGCGGAGUAUUGAUUCCCCAGCUCCCCCUGCACCUGCUAGUCCCCAAACAAUUACAUCACCUGUUCCAAAUACGCCAACGAAAGAUGCAGCAGCUGCUGCUCCGCCACCACCACCACCUAAAGCAUCUGGGGAAAAGGUGAAGCCAUUUACAAAUGUCUUUAUUGAAAAGGAAACCAAAUUGGCAGCAUUGGAGGCCUCUGGAGCUACUGGCUAUGCUAUAGUAUCAUCACCCACGGUUGGUUCAUUCCGAAGAGCCAGAACACUGAAAGGAAAGAAGCAACCCCCAGCUUGUAAAGAGGGUGAUUCGAUCAAGGAAGGCCAAAUUAUUGGCUUUUUGGAUCAGUUUGGCACUGAGCUCCCUGUCAAGUCUGAUGUUGCUGGAGAAGUCUUGAAGCUCCUUUACAAAGAUGGAGAAGCUGUGGGUUACGGUGAUCCCCUCGUCGCAGUCUUGCCCUCAUUCCAUGGAAUCAACAAGUAAAGACUUUUGAAAGAUUGAGGUAAGUUUGAUAAGAUGUUGUGGGGAUGCAUUGCUGCUUCGUCCCUCUCACUGAAAUUUUCUUUACUUUUAAUUUUCUGUUACAUUGCUUUAGGGCCCCCUUUUGUUUGUUGUAGGCUGAUUGUUUUUCCAGUCUUAAUUGGUUUCCUUUCAAAACAAUCAUUGGAUCGGAUCGGAUCGUUUACAUUUGAUCUGCAAAUACAAGACGUUACCUACACAUUUUUGAGUAGAAAUCCUCUUUUGAUAUAUUGUGUAAUGAUAUGCUCUUCCUCGA